AUGAGAACAGAAAUCACUACUGCGGAUUCCCUUCGUGAUCCUCACUCCAGCGGUCUAAAGCCCGACUCUGAGCUGGUUAUCAGAGAGGACAUAGACCAGUUUCUGCCUUCGGAAGUGUCUUCGGUGGAGUCGGACCAUCGCCACGAUGGCGAGGAUUCAGACACUGACAGCGACAACUUCCUGCAAGAUCCUGAAGACGACGUGGACGAAGACGCCACCGGCAAGGAGAACGCCGCCGCCUCCGUUGAAUCAAGAGGCCGUCCCUCUUCUUGCAUUUUCGUGGCAAGUUUGGCAGCGGCUUUAUCCGACGACGAACUAUGCCUUUCGGUGACGGAAAACUUCAAAAGAUAUGGUGAUUUGGCUAGAGUUAAAGUUUUACGCGAUAACGCCAACAGGCCUUAUGCCUUUGUCCAAUACAACAACGACCAUGAUGCUAAACACGCUUUGAUCCGUGCUCAGGGCACUUUACUGAACGGCAGGCGGUUACGUUGCGAGCCUGCGAAAGUCAACAGGACUCUGUACUUGAAAAACCAGCAGAGUAUCGACUUUAACGAAAUCACCCAGAUCUGUGAAAAAUUUGGUAAUUUGGAACAGAUCGUUCCUGAUAGAACUGACAACCAGUACACAAGAAGAUACACGUAUCCUAUAUCUUYAGCAAGCUCUUGGUUCGUUCAAUUCGUCUAUAGAGACGACGCGAUUAGAGCUUAUGCGAACUUGAGGACCGAUCCAAACUGGAUAAUCGAAUGGGCUCAAAAUAUCAAUGUGCCCAAGAAUUACAAUCUUUUGUACAAGAACAAAUUCAAAAAUUCCAAGGAUCACCAGGCAAACGAUAUCAAAGUUAACAAAAAUGAGGACUCGAGGAGGAGCAGUGCCAUUAUAGAGGAAGACGAACGCGAGCUCGAACACGAAGAAGGAUACGAACAUGAAAGUGGGAGUGAUUUGGACGAAAAAAUAGCAUGCGACAGCGUUGAUGACGGGGAGGAUAAAGAUUCUGAGAUUACCAUCGAUAAAAAGUCCAUAUUCGUAGGUCAGUUAGACAAAGAAACCACCAGAGAGGAAUUGGAUAGACGAUUUUCAACCCACGGUAGAAUCCAGGACAUCAACCUGAUCUUCAAACCAACAAACAUAUUUGCCUUUAUCAAGUACGAAACUGAAGAAGCUGCUGCUGCUGCGUUGGAAAGUGAGAACCAUGCGAUUUUUUUGAACAAAACGAUGCAUGUCCAGUACAAGGAAGUUGGUGGUCGUCACAAUAGAAAGUUUUUCAACAAAAACGGCAGUGGCAACUUCAACCAUCACCAGUUUUUCAGUAUGAGAUCCGGUAAAUCAUUCACUGGACCCGAACUGAACCUAGCACCUCCACCAAUCAAUAUGUACAGAAAGAUGAGCGGCGGAUCUCAACCAGAAAACGAGAACAUCAUGCCAUAUAUGCCAAUGGGCCCGAUGCCCAUGGGGCCACCUCCACCUAACGCCGCCAAUUUGAACGAUUUUGAAAUGUUCCCACCAAAUUACUCCACGUUCAUGAAGGGGAUGAUACCACUAAGACGUAAAUCUAUGCCCAAUGCCUGGUCUUCGCCCUCGUCUAAGAGUUUGAACUCUGAGAACGCAAGUGUUAAUGGCGGUGAUGAGACUUCUGAACUGCCCUCUGAAAUUCCUGAAUCAUCUGGAAGAUACAAUGCUGCUAAUUCCUUUACUACUUACAAUAACUCCUCAGCCGGCAGCUCUAACAACAAUAACACCAACAACAAGUUUCAAUACAAAAAACGUUAUGCAAGGAGAUCAAGUUAUGGAUAUAAUGAGGUACCACCAAAACCAUACUAUUUCCAGCCUUAUUACUAUCACCCAAUGCAAUACCACAUGGGCCCCAUGGGUCCAAUGCAUCCUUCCCAGGGUUCGGCCGGCAACAACCAUCCAUACAUGAUGGUUUACCCCAUGCCGCCUCCUCCUCCUUCUGGGCUAGAUGGAAAUAUGAUGCCUCCCCCAUUAAAUAUGGGUCAACCCCACAGUGCUAACAAUAGCAGUACCAAUAUACAAGCAAAUGAAUUCGUGCCACAUGAUACAAACGACAUAAACGAAGACGGUAAGGCUACUUACAGCUUAGACUACUAA